ACCUAGAUGGACCAAGGGCAAGAUGAGCAGCCCCACAGACAUUUAAAAAUCAUUUUUAAUCAAUUGUCUUAAUCUCAAAAUUCCCAUUUUAAAAUUUUGACCCUUUGUACAGGGUACGUGUACUUCUCGUAUCUCCACGUCCUAGCCUAGAUCUAUGCAACUUUCUCUUUUAAUAUUCACUUCUUCUCCUCCUUCCACAGUCUUGCCUCCUCCUCUUCCUCCUUUCCUCCUUUGCUUUGUUUUCAUUUUUGUUUUUGUCCCUUCAAAAUGCCAUCUUUGCUUCUGGAUUUCACUCAAGAAUGUUCUCUUUUGCUUUUACACUUCCAUUAUAAGAUACCCAUGUAUUUUGUUUUAAGUAAUUUCCUCAUACUUGUUCAUUAAGAACCUCCUUGAUUCAAUUGCCAAGGCUUUCCAGCCUCUGUGUUUCUGAAAUUUGUCACCUUUAUUUGAUCUACCUUUUCUGAGUUUUGAUGUUGCUUUGUCAUAAUUUCACUCGUUAGCAGUAAUUACAGACUAGAUAUACUUGAGAAUAGUGUUUUUUUUUUUUUUUUUUUCGGGGGGGGGGGUGGAUUUUGUGAGAUCCUGUGGUUGAGAAUUACAUUUUUUUCCCCUUCCUUUUUCUUUUUGUCUUUUGUUUUUUCUUUUCAUUCAUAGAAAAAGGUUUCAACUUAGAAGAGAGAAUAUUUCAUUGAAGUUAUGAUUUCAAUAAUGGGUCUUGUCUUUUGAUUGUCUUCUUGUGAUGUAGAUGUGACAAGUUUCUGGUGAUUUCUUUAUCAAUUGGAGCUAGGUGUUGGCCUUAGCAGUUGCCAAAUGUUUCACUCUCUGGAUCUCUUUGUUUAAGCUUUAGGUCUUUUUCUUCCACAUACUCUCUGAAGGUGAUUACGAUCUGUUAGAGUUCUCUAGGGUGGAAGUUUUAUCUGGGGUUUGUGCUUCGAACUCACGAGACUCACAGGAUAUGUGCUGAGAUUUUCCUUUAAAUCUUUCAAAAAGGUGCUUUAUGCUUCUUAUUAAUAUUCCUUAGAAAGUCUGUUGGGUCAUUUUUUAGAUUGCUGGAGAAGGUAGAAUAUUAGAGAUUCUGGGUUUUUUUUCCUUCUUCAAAAUGGGGCAUUCUGCAGCUGUCUGGGAUCAUAAGGCUGCCAUUGAGAUUACAAAGGACUGGAAUGGUAUUGAACAGGUCGUGAUUCGAAACAGACAGGGAGCUUCUGUUCGGGUAAGCCUGCAUGGAGGACAAGUAGUUUCAUGGAGGAAUGAACAAGGGGAAGAACUUUUAUUUACCAGUAGCAAGGCUGUCUUUAAGCCACCGAAAGCAAUGAGAGGAGGGAUCCCCAUUUGUUUCCCGCAGUUUGGAAACUGCGGAUCACUAGAGCAGCAUGGUUUUGCUCGGAACAAGUUUUGGACAAUUGACGACGAUCCUCCUCCUCUGCAAUCCAAUGAUUCCCAGGGGAAGUCCUUUGUUGACCUACUGCUUAAACCAUCUGAAGAAGACCUCAAGUGCUGGCCCCAUAGUUUUGAGUUUCGUGUUAGGGUGUUACUUGCAAAAAAUGGAGAUUUGGCAUUAAUAUCAAGGGUUCGAAACAUCAAUGGCAAGCCAUUUAGUUUCUCGUUUGCAUAUCAUACAUACUUAUCAGUUUCUGAUAUAAGUGAAGUGAGGAUAGAAGGACUGGAAACGCUCGACUAUCUAGACAACCUUUGCCAAAGAGAGAGAUUUACAGAACAAGGAGAUGCCUUGACUUUUGAAUCUGAGGUGGAUCGAGUUUAUCUUAGUUCUCCUAAUGUAAUUGCAGUACUCGAUCAUGAAAGAAAACGGACAUUUGUGAUACGAAAGGAAGGACUGCCUGAUGUUGUGGUAUGGAAUCCAUGGGAGAAGAAAUCAAAAGCUAUGGCGGAUUUCGGCGACGAGGAGUAUAAACAUAUGGUGUGUGUGGAUGCAGCAGCAAUAGAGAAACCUAUAACCUUGAAGCCAGGAGAGGAAUGGACAGGGCGUUUGGAGCUCUCAGUUGUACCUUCGAGUUUCUGUAGCGAACACUUUGAUCUUCAGAGAAGAGGUGUUUGAUUUUGAAGAACAGUAUCAGUUUUCAAGAGUAAAUGACCCUAAACGAUUUUAGAAUCCUUCAGAUAAUGCUUGAAAACCCCUUUCUCUUUCCUUUUCUUCUUCUUCUUUUUGGUGUUUUUCUUGAGUACAUGGAAUACUUGUAUUGAACCAAAAUAUGACUUUCUUCUCUAAAUUUUAUAAAGUUCUAUAUUUCAAAA